AUGCCAACAACGCAAGAGCUCACCACUGCGGAUGAAACUGUAGCCCCAGGGAUCAGUACCUGUCAAGGGUACUGUGAAACAAAGGCACCAGGAGGAUGUUUCUGUGAUUACAUUUGUCAGGAAUACAAUGAUUGCUGUGAAGAUUAUUAUAUAUAUUGUCAACCUGUGGUACCAUCGACUACUUCAGAUACACCAACCACACAUCCUCCGACAACAACCGAUGCUGCAACCCCAACCCAAGAGACAGCUACUGCUGACUUAACGACUCCUAUACCCGAUACAACGUCACAACCUCCACCAUCAACGCCAAUGCCAACAAUGCAAGAGCUCACCACUGCAGAUGAAACGGUAGCCCCAGUGGUACCAUCGACUACUUCAGAUACACCAACCACACAUCCUCCUACAACAACCGAUGUUGCAACCCCAAGCAAAGACACAGCUACUACUGACUUAACGACUCCAAUACCCGAUACUACGUCACAACCUCCACCAUCAACACCAAUGACAACAAUGCAAGAGCUCACCACUGCGGAUGAAACGGUAGCCCCAGGGAUCAGUACCUGUCAAGGGUACUGUGAAACAAAGGCACCAGGAGGAUGUUUCUGUGAUUACAUUUGUCAGGAACUAAAUGAUUGCUGUGAAGAUUAUUAUAUAUAUUGUCAACCUGUGGUACCAUCGACUACUUCAGAUACACCAACCACACAUCCUCCAACAACAACCAAUGCUGCAACCCCAAGCCAAGACUCAGCUACUACUGUCUUAACGACUCCAUUACCCGAUACUACAUCACAACCUCCACCAUCAACACCAAUGCCAACGAUGCAAGAGCUCACCACUGCGGAUGAAACGGUAGCCCCAGGGAUCAGUACCUGUCAAGGGUACUGUGAAACAAAGGCACCAGGAGGAUGUUUCUGUGAUUACAUUUGUCAGGAACUAAAUGAUUGCUGUGAAGAUUAUUAUAUAUAUUGUCAACCUGUGGUACCAUCGACUACUUCAGAUACACCAACCACACAUCCUCCGACAACGACCGAUGCUGCAACCCCAAGCCAAGACACAGCUACUACUGACUUAACGACUCCUAUACCCGAUACAACGUCACAACCUCCACCAUCAACACCAAUGACAACAAUGCAAGAGCUCACCACUGCAGAUGAAACGGUAGCCCCAGUGGUACCAUCGACUACUUCAGAUACACCAACCACACAUCCUCCGACAACGACCGAUGCUGCAACCCCAAGCCAAGACACAGCUACUACUGACUUAACGACUCCUAUACCCGAUACAACGUCACAACCUCCACCAUCAACACCAAUGACAACAAUGCAAGAGCUCACCACUGCAGAUGAAACGGUAGCCCCAGUGGUACCAUCGACUACUUCAGAUACACAAACCACACAUCCUCCGACAACAACCAAUGCUGCAACCCCAAGCCAAGACUCAGCUACUACUGACUUAACGACUCCAAUACCCGAUACUACGUCACAACCUCCACCAUCAACACCAAUGACAACAAUGCAAGAGCUCACCACUGCGGAUGAAACGGUAGCCCCAGGGAUCAGUACCUGUCAAGGGUACUGUGAAACAAAGGCACCAGGAGGAUGUUUCUGUGAUUACAUUUGUCAGGAACUAAAUGAUUGCUGUGAAGAUUAUUAUAUAUAUUGUCAACCUGUGGUACCAUCGACUACUUCAGAUACACCAACCACACAUCCUCCGACAACAACCGAUGCUGCAACCCCAACCCAAGAGACAGCUACUGCUGACUUAACGACUCCUAUACCCGAUACAACGUCACAACCUCCACCAUCAACGCCAAUGCCAACAAUGCAAGAGCUCACCACUGCAGAUGAAACGGUAGCCCCAGUGGUACCAUCGACUACUUCAGAUACACCAACCACACAUCCUCCUACAACAACCGAUGUUGCAACCCCAAGCAAAGACACAGCUACUACUGACUUAACGACUCCAAUACCCGAUACUACGUCACAACCUCCACCAUCAACACCAAUGACAACAAUGCAAGAGUUCACCACUGCGGAUGAAACGGUAGCCCCAGGGAUCAGUACCUGUCAAGGGUACUGUGAAACAAAGGCACCAGGAGGAUGUUUCUGUGAUUACAUUUGUCAGGAACUAAAUGAUUGCUGUGAAGAUUAUUAUAUAUAUUGUCAACCUGUGGUACCAUCGACUACUUCAGAUACACCAACCACACAUCCUCCGACAACAACCGAUGCUGCAACCCCAACCCAAGACACAGCUACUGCUGACUUAACGACUCCUAUACCCGAUACAACGUCACAACCUCCACCAUCAACGCCAAUGCCAACAAUGCAAGAGCUCACCACUGCAGAUGAAACGGUAGCCCCAGUGGUACCAUCGACUACUUCAGAUACACCAACCACACAUCCUCCUACAACAACCGAUGUUGCAACCCCAAGCAAAGACACAGCUACUACUGACUUAACGACUCCAAUACCCGAUACUACGUCACAACCUCCACCAUCAACACCAAUGACAACAAUGCAAGAGCUCACCACUGCGGAUGAAACGGUAGCCCCAGGGAUCAGUACCUGUCAAGGGUACUGUGAAACAAAGGCACCAGGAGGAUGUUUCUGUGAUUACAUUUGUCAGGAACUAAAUGAUUGCUGUGAAGAUUAUUAUAUAUAUUGUCAACCUGUGGUACCAUCGACUACUUCAGAUACACCAACCACACAUCCUCCGACAACGACCGAUGCUGCAACCCCAAGCCAAGACACAGCUACUACUGACUUAACGACUCCUAUACCGAUACAACGUCACAACCUCCACCAUCAACACCAAUGA